ACGACCGAGGAGGACAGAGCAGCAGCAGCAGCAGCAAAGAAGAAGAAGAAAAAAAGAAAAGAAAGAAGAAAAGAAAAGAAAGAAGAAGAGCAUCAUGGACGUGUUUAAGAAGGGAUUCUCUAUGGCGAAGGACGGAGUGGUGGCGGCUGCUGAGAAGACGAAGGCCGGAGUGGAAGAAGCUGCUUCUAAGACUAAAGAGGGAGUCAUCUAUGUUGGAAACAAGACGAUGGAAGGAGUAGUGAGCGGCGUGAACACAGUCUCCCAGAAGACGAGCGAUCAGGCCAACACCGCGGCCGACACCGCCGUUGCCGGGGCCAACGAGGUCGCCCAGGCAACAGUGGACGAGGUGGAGAAGGCGGCGAUGGCGAGUGGAUUGGUCAGCUCGGUGGACCAACAAACAGCAGCUGGAGGAGAACAGAGUGAAGAGGCUCAGUAGACUUCCUGUUUCCUGUCUGAUGAGCAACCAGAGAAGAAGAACUCUACAUUUUAGCUCAACUCUCCUGAGCUCUGACCUUUGACCCCUCCUAACCCUACAAAUAUCCUUUCUGGACUUUAUGCAAUUUAACCUCUUCAUCUCAGUUACCAUCAUCUUUCCUCCCGUUGCCAUGGUUACACUGCCUCUGCAUCACACACUGCUGCUCUCAGCUGAUUGGUCAGUGUGGAGUGACAUCACCGGGGGCGGGGCUUACCACAUCUGUUUCCUGUCAAUCACAGAGAUGACUCCGCCCCCCCGACAGAGAAACACCUGACGCCUUUAAAAAUGAUCAAUAAUGCUUUACUAACACACACACACAAACACACACACACAAACACACACACACACACACACACACACACAUACACACACACACACACACACACACACACACACACACACACAUACACAAACACCUGUUCAGCUGAUUUUAUUCUUUUAUAAACAGCAGAAAUCAGAUAAAUAAAUAAAGAGUUUUAACGCUGCUUUGUUUCUUCUUCUGUGUUUUUGUGUUUUUCUGGUCAC